CCCAUUUGUUUUGGAUCCGCUUUGUCCCCGUGACGUCACGACGCCUAUCACCCUCAGCGGCUCCCCCAACCCCACUGGUGAGAUCUAUUUAAAAAAUUUCGUUCGACUGUGUGUAUAGGUUUCGUAAUUUAUAUAUAUACUUUUUAAAAAUCUGUUUAAGCAAAAAAAAACCAGAGUAAAUAACGACGAGCUAUUUGCCCCAUGAAUGGGCAUGACGCGUUAAGGUCUAUCGAGGCUCGGCUGGAUUCGGGCGCGCACCGCCUCUCGACUACAGCCCUUGCGGGGCGAGGCGCGUCUCGAGCCCGGCGGCCCGGGCAGGCUAGGACGGGGAUUCGGCCUUCGAUCUUCGGACUUGGCGGAGUGACGGUGAGGACUGUGAAAGUUGGGGAUGAAUGUCGGAGGCAGGCCCAGCAGUCAGGAUGGAGAAGGAGCAUCCUGGCUCUCCCAGCAGCAGCAGCGAAGGCAGCAACAGCAGCAGCAGCAGCGGUGUGUGCUGGAGAAGUUUCGAACUCGGACCGCGUAUCGUUGCGCCGACCACUCCAAACUACUUCUGGUCGGCCUGAGUGAGCUGCGUCGCAACAACAGCCUCUACGACAUCACUCUGCGUGCAGAGGGUCGGAAGAUCUGUGCCCAUCGAGUCGUCCUGGCGGCGUCGUGCGAUUACUUCAGGGGCAUGUUCGCACGGGGCCUACGUGAGGCACAGCAGGACGAGGUGGAGAUCCACGGCGUGACGUACGUUGCUCUGGAGCGGCUCGUUGCCUACAUCUACACAGCUGAGCUUGAGGUGUCGCAAGACAACGUGCAGGACAUCCUGUCGGCCGCCGUUCUCCUGCAGAUGUCGGCAGCCAUUGACUGUUGCUGCGACUUCCUCGUGUCGCGGGUGGAGGCGGAGAGUGUGCCGGAGCUGUACAUGCUGGCUGAGGCUUACGGCCUCACGGACCUGGCGGACAAGCUCGAUGCGCACCUGCUCUCCACCUUCCCGGCAUUCUGCCAGACCGAAGCAUACCGCCGCCUGCGUGUCGACAAAGUGCAGUUCUUGCUGAGCAGCGACAGCCUGAAGGUGGCAGCUGAGACUGAUGUGUACGAGGCGGCUCUUUUAUACCAUCGUGGGAAGACCUCUGGCUCAAAGGAGGAACAAGAGGAGGACCUGAAGCUUCUGUCCAACCCGCCUAAGGUGCUCGAGUGUGUGCGCUACGAGUUACUCAGCCCACGCACUGUACAGGACCUCUAUGGACGUCUGAACCCAUGCCCGCUCAAAGAGAUCCUCGCUGAUGCCAUGGCCUACCAUGCCAACGUCAUGCUACAGCCGGUGCUGCAGACGGCACGCACACGCCUGCGCUCCAAGCGCCACUGCGUCGUGGGCUUCGGUGGCAUGUUCUCAUCCGACGACAACGACCUGAGCGAUGAGUCGCACUUCCUCAACCCGAGCACAGGCCGUUGGGAGGUGCUCACCAGGGGCGGUGGCGGCAGCGGCGUCGGCGGAGGAGCCCCUCCCCGCAUGUCCAACCAAGGCAUCGCUGUCGUCAACAACUUCCUUUUCCUCGUCGGCGGAGACAACAACUCGCAUGGCUUCAGGGCGGUGGCGGACUGCUGGAGGUACGACCCACGGCACAACAAGUGGACGGUGAUAGCGCCGCUCCAGCGGGCACACGCCGACCACUGUGUGUGCGCCGUGGGACUCUACAUCUACGCGAUUGGUGGGCGCGACUACGUGGAGGAGCUGCACUCGGUGGAGCGCUACAGCCUAGAGACCAACACGUGGGAUGCUGCCGCCCCGCUGCCCAAGGAGAUGUACGCCCACGCUGGCACCGCGUGCGGGGGCAAGGUGUACGUGGCGUGCGGCAUCCGCGCGGACACGUACCUGAGCACGGUGUACUGCUACGAGCCUGCCGGGGACGCGUGGCGGGAGCUGCCGCCAGCGCCCGUGGAGCGCGCCUGGCACUGCGCCGCCGCGCUGGCCAACCAAGUCUACCUCAUUGGCGGCAGCAACCGCCUGCACGGCUACCGCCGCGACGUCCUGCAGGUCAACGUGCUACAGACCGACACAGAGCAAUGGACAUCCGUGGCGCACCUGCCAGCCGGACACGGUGAGCCCGGCAUCGCCGUUGUGCCGGCGUCGGACGGGUCAGCCAUGGAGGGAGAGAUUUACAUCGUAGGCGGCCGCUCGCAUGACCGGCACGCGCGCACAUCCUGCGUUCAUGUGUACGACGCCGCCACGAACUCAUGGUCGUCAGGGCCCAAGCUGGAAGACGAAAUCUCGGGUAUGGCGUGCGCCGCCCUCACGCUGCCUGUGGCGGUGCUGGCGCGCCCGUACCUGCGCGGUCCCCGCCGGCCGACAGGCCCGCCAGGCCGGGGUGCGGCCGCACGCCACGGCCGCCCCUUCCACCCGGCCCACUGGGAGCAGCGGCACAGGUGGUCGGACAGCGAUAGCGAGCUGAGUGCUGCCGAGGAUUGAGGCCAAGUGGUUAUGAACACGGCGACGGCUACGAUCGCUGUAUUUGCCAGCUCGUUACGGUGUAGCCGUGUAGUGUGAGUUGGGUGUUCAAGGUCCCAGGCCGUCUUACCUGGGCAGAGUAAGCAAUGUGAGUUCGCUGCUUCGGACCAGGGUGGAGGGGCCACUCGCGGUCGGGUAAACUCCGGUUAAAUUCAUACCAUUUACCCCAUGCCGCACGCUGGCCUGACACACGCACUGCACCGAAUACUAUUGCUUCAGAAGGUGACUGCACGACAUUGGCUGAGUGCAUCUCUGAUUGCAGUCGGACAGAGCUGUGUAUUUUGGGUUCGGGUGGACUUAAGCAUAGGCCUAUUGCACUUUGUGGAGAGUAUUUCACUGCACACGUGAAGAAAAACAAAUCACCGUUACAGUGGCGCACUUAGUGGCAGAGUCACUCAGCUUUUGUUCAUGUCAUAGUGUGCUUGACAGAAAAAUACUUGUACAUAACUGGGGUAAAUACAUUUUAAACUGUCACUGGUUCCUCUGGGAAAAUAUUUGGUAUUAAGAAGGAAAUAAAAGGCUUAACGUAAUUUCCACAAUGCUGUAUGUCAGCUACAGCUUUGCUGUUAACUUCUUUUUUUAUUUUCCACACCAUAGUUACUCUUUAAGAGAAGUAUGGUGGACAAUACGCACUGUAUGAGUCAUUAAAAUCUCUCUAAGCCAUAGUCUAAUAAAAUCCAAAGCCAUACUUUUAAUCAAAUAUGGAUAAAACUAACGGGUGGUGGUCAACUCAUGCACUGCCAUUCCAGUCACAUGGCUAUGUCUGCUAUUAGUCAUACAUGCUUUCUCAAGUUAAAGAGGAACAGUCUUGUUGAAAUGAGAGCUGUUUUCUUAGAAAAGGCAAAAAAUACACUGCAGUCAGCUCUUUAUAUUAAUGGUUUGGGGAGUUCAAAUUUAGUUUUUCAAUAAUAUCUAUGCACAUCUUUCACAUAAUAAUAGGGUUUUUCCCCUUUUUUCCUGGCAACAAAACUGAUACCUUCUUUACAAGGAAUCAUGUGUGCAUUAACCACAAUACUUGUGGUCAAAAUGCAAAUAAAAAACACCGAUAAUAU